AUGAUACCCGUGACUGCACCGCCAACUUCUAUAACUGUAUCAACUGCAUUGACAGAAACAACAGUGCCAGAACCAUGCUAUCAAUUGAACACGCAGCCUUCUCAAAUGAAUGCCCUUGCUAUCAGGCACAAGUUGAACGCAUCCGCCGAACCACGACAUAUCACUCAGGAACCCUAUGUUCGUAAUGGCAAGAUUACUGGUUAUCCACUUUUAUGGAAAAUAUUUUAUAAUGAAGAUCCUACUAACUUUCCUCGAGCAGCUAUUAUUUUAUGUAACCAACAACUUUCACCCUCAAUCCUCCAACUCAAUAGAGAUCAAGUUGCCAUACUGUUGGAACUAAACAACUUUACUGUUGCAAUAACUUCCAUAUAUUCAAGUCCCACGGAGGAUCUUUCCACUGCUAUUAAUUUUUUGGAUCAUCUAUCAACAGCACUUGGCAAUAAGCAUAUGUUAAUAUGUGGUGACUUUAAUGCUCAUUCAGUGGCCUGGGGCUAUGGAGAUACAGAUCCAAAAGGACGUCUUCUCGAAGAUUAUAUGGCUUCCAAUAACUUCAUUCUUUUUAAUACACCAGAUUCUCAUCCAACAUUUGAUCGUAUUCACGCAAAAGGCUGGCCAGAUCUAACGUUUACUACAAUUUCCUUAGUAUCUCUUCUACAAAAUUGGACAGUUCGGGAGGAUGAAUCUUUAUCUGAUCAUAAGUAUAUUACUUUUGAUCUUAUGCCCAAUAGUGAUAUACCUAUUCUGGUUAGAUAUAAUCUCCCUGGCUGCAAAAUAAAACAAUUCAGUCGUAAGGUUCGGACUGCGCUUCGUCCCCCGCGUAGACAACUACAUACCGUGAAUACUUCAGAGGAGACAGAGAUUUUCACAAACUCACUACUUACAACUCUGCAGGAUAUUUGCCAAAAUACACUGCCAACAAGGAAUUCUAAGGAAACUUCACUCAAUCCACUGGUGGACACCUAA